UAGGCGUCCUAAAAAUGGCGGAGUCGGAGGAGGAGGUGGACGUCCUGGUCCAGAGAGUUGUCAAAGAUAUCACUAACGCCUUCAAGAGGAACCCCAACAUUGAUGAGAUCGGUGUGAUCCCGUGUCCAGAGGCGCGCUACAAUCGCAGCCCCAUCGUGCUGGUGGAGAACAAGCUGGGUGUUGAGAGCUGGUGUGUCAAGUUCCUUCUGCCAUAUGUCCACAACAAACUGCUGCUCUACCGUCAGCGCAAACACUGGCUGGACAGGGAAGCUUUAGUGGAUAUCACCUGCACUCUGUUGCUGCUUAACCCGGACUUCACCACUGCAUGGAAUGUCAGAAAGGAGCUGCUACAAUGUGGAGUUCUUAACCCAGAGAAAGACCUCUACCUGGGCAAGCUGGCCCUCACCAAGUUCCCCAAGAGCCCGGAGACGUGGAUACACCGGCGCUGGGUGCUGCAGAAGAUCCUGAGGCAGUCCUCUGCUGCGGGCUGCAGGAAGCAGCAGCAGCAGCAGCAGGAUGAAGCAGAGCAGGCUGAUGUAGGCAGGAGUCAGCAGCUCAGUGACCAUCUGGCCAGGACACUCCACCAAGAGAUGAGGGUGUGCUCUGACGCUGCCGGUCGCUAUCCCAGCAACUACAACGCCUGGUCCCACCGCAUCUGGGUGCUGCAGCACAUGGCCAUGGGUAACAUCAAGGUUUUCCAUGAUGAGCUGUCCUCUAUGCGCCUAUGGGUGUCCAUGCACGUCUCUGACCACAGUGGCUUCCAUUACCGCCAGUUCUUGCUCAAAGAGGUGAUCACUGAGCUCUCUCACAGUUCCAGCAACAGCGGUUCACCCGAGCACCGGUCCAGCACCGUCCUCAGCAGCAGCCCAAACCAUCACAGCCACAGCCAGGCUAAUGGAGAACUGUCAGGGGCGGAGGCAGCGGACGAGGUGGAGAACCAGCUCGGCCUCAGCGCAGUCUUUCAGCUCUUCCACCAGGAGAUGGAGCUCUGCACAGACCUGAUCCAGUCCUUUCCUGGACAUGAGACACUCUGGAGUCACAGGCGGCAUGUCUUCUAUCUGUGGCACCACUGGAGGAGGAAACACCAGCACCACCACUGCAACAGCACCAAUGGAGGCAGCAACUCAGUCCACCUUAACGACAGUGAGCCGGGCCUGCAGAAGCCGGCCGUCCAGGGCUCUGAAGAUGAGGAGGUUGUAAACAGACAGAGGCCUGCUGGUGAAGAUAUGGAGGUAGACAGGGCGUCUCUGCCAGAUUCACGUGACAGCAAGCGUCUAAAGAGAGGUGCCUGCCCCCCCACGCUACCCUUAGAGCACAGCUUUGUGAGCAGGAUCCUGGACAGCUGCUGUAACCCUGAGCAGAGACGCUUCGCCCUGGCAUACAGGAAGUGGUUAGACACCGUCAUUGGUCAGCAGCCUUGAGAACGAGUACAGUUGGCCCCAUCCUUUCUCAACAUUGAAGUUGCCUUUAGACACAGAUUUAGGAUCAGCUUACCUACCUGUAGUGCUGACUUUAACCAGUAGUAAGAUGCAGUGAUGACUUUAGAAACCACUCCCGGGGCAAAAGCUAGUUAACUUCCUCGCUUCCUGACACUGAGUAGAGACGGUGGGGUCGUAGUAAGGCUGUUCUUCCUCAGAAACAUCUGGAUCCUCUUGAGCUUGGUCUAAGCCAGGAACCCCUUCAGAAUGGAAAUCUGCACACACAAUGCAUACUGGCUCGCUACAUGUCCGUUAGUCGAUUCUACUCUUAUUUCAGGUGUCUCGAUGUCUCAGGUCAAAUUCCCACUGCUUUUAUUUAUUGCCAGUAUUUCAGCAAAGGAACUAAAUGAAGCUGCCACAGCAGGAGGAGAAAUGUGAGAGCAGAGCACAAUGAUAAAAAUCACUAAAAGCUCAUUAUAAACUAACUUGUUGGAUCUGAUUGUAUAGAAUGCUAAAAUGGCCAAUAUUACAUUAUGAAGUAAUUAUAUUAAUAGUGGUUAUUUUUAUGAAUAGUCACUAUUUCUAUUUUCAGUUUAAUUUGAAUUCACUUUUUAUAGAUAUUUUAAUUUUAAAAUUGCCCUCUUUUUAAAUAGUGUAUUUUACUCACAUGAUUGGCUGGAGGUAGAGGAGGGUGGGGAUUGGUGAU